CCUUCAUGUAGUAAAGAUCCUCUUCUGUGGCACCCUGUGGCUAUAGCACGUGUCAUUUCUCCUCAAUUUGACAUAUCUGGCACCACAGACUUCCUAUAAAUCACUAUAGAUGUAGUUCUAUAUUUGUGUCAGUGUUCGGGAGUUUGCAGGCUGAGGAAGAGGAAUGAGAGACUAUCUGAAGGAAGAAGCAGAGGGGAACUCAGAGGUAUUUCAUCAGGAACUACAACAUUCCAGAAAGACGAUGAAUGGCAGUAUGGGAGAGGAGUUCCAGCCCCUGUCCUCUCCCCCUCGCUCCUCUCUGCGCUCCGGUCGCUCGCCAACCCGCUCCAGAGGCCGAGUCCGAGGCAGGGUGACCUUCGCUCAGGACUGUUCCAGUGACUACAACACCUCAGACGUGUCCACACCUGACCCUCAGGACCUCCAGCCCCACCUCCAGCCGUAUGAUGCCCCUGUGGGCAGGGGUCAGGCCCCAUGGACCCCCCCACUGGAGACGGACCCAGAGCCACAAGACCCGGUACAGGCCCCAAAAGCCUGGGCCUCCGAGUGCAGCCAUGCCCACUGGCCCUCCCUCUCCUCCAGCUUGACUCAACUACUCCAGCCCCUGGCUUCACCACCUCCCAGAGAUACAGAGCUGGACCUGGAGGCCCGGACCAGCAGACUGCUGAGGCUCACCUCAGACCUGUAUGUAGCCACUCACCUGUCAGACGACUCCACUGUCCUCCGGCGGUUCUCUGAAGGGGCCAGUCGGUGCCAGAGUCCAGCCCCACGGAGUGUCUCUGUGGACAGGCUGCUGAAUCACCAGAGCCCCAGGCUUCAGCAGGCCUCCAGGCCUCAACAUGGAGGAUCUCCCCAGAGACAGAGCAUGAAGCAGAGCUGCCUGGACGCUCUUACUCCCUCUGGUCCAGUAGACUACACUGGUCAGGCUGCUGGGUCCGGUCUCUACUCUGGCCUUUACAGCUCACCUCCCCUAGGGUCUGACCUGCAGACAGGCACCAGAUACAACUCUGUCAGCGCUACACAGAGCUCCAGACCAGGGCUUGGUGACUGCCACUCUGUGCCCAGGAACCCCUCACCUCAGCCUGGGAUGGCAGAGCUCUCCUCCUCCCUGAGAGGACUCCUGGACCUGGUGGACCAGCACUGGGUUGGCACACGCUCCCUCCACCUCAACCCCAUCUUCCUGGGCCAGGCCUACGACCUGCUCUCUGCCCUGGGAUCACCUCCUGCUGCUCCCUGUCUGAGAGAGACAGAACAGAAGGGAGACGGACAGAACAGAGGAGGAGAAGAACAGAGUGGGAGUCCUGCUGAUGUGACUCCACAGGGCAGUGAAAUAGCUCUCCUGAAGAGGAAGCUGACCGUCACACAACAGCAGCUGGAAUCCCUGAAGAAAAGGCUUGUUGAGGCGCUGAAAGAUAACUACAACUUGAGACUAACCAGCCUGAAGCAGGACUCCUCUACCACUGCUGAGAACAACUGUGGCAGGCAGUUGGACAGGUGUCUACAGAGACAGGUGAAUGCUCUGAGAGAGCAGGAGACACACCUGAGACAGCUGGAACAGACCAUGGUGCUUCUACAGGGCAAUCACAGGUGUUUGGUGUCCAAUAAUAACUCUCUGUUGGGACAUCUAAAUGAACACACAACAGAAGUCCAGAGUCCAGAGUCCAGAGAAUCCAGCCAGCAGACUAAUCUAAUGACUUCAGCAUCGGAGAUCAAUUCAUAGCCUACCCGAGUAGCCAAGCCUUUGUCCAGAUUGUACUGCGUUCUAAUUAAUAAAGCUUACUCUGUAAACUUUGUAGGCUAUGUUUGGCAUACUGUGAAAUACAGGCCUAUUGCAAAAUGUCUUUGUAAUAGGCCGGGUUUUUA